AUGCCUGAUAAGAAACAACAAUUACAAGAGUCAGGAUUAGUAGAAUGGCCAGUAUUUAGUGAAUUAAUCGCAAUGGAUGAAGAUGAAGAAGGUUUUUCAAAAUCCUUAUUUAAAACAUUCGUUGACCAAGUACUAGAAACUUUUGAUGAAAUUGAUGAAAAUUUAGAAGAAAAAAACUUAGAUAAGUUAAGUGGUUUAGGUCAUUAUUUAAAAGGUUCAGCUGCUGCUUUAGGAUUAAACAAGAUAUCGUCACAAUGUGAAAGAAUUCAGAAUUACGGUCAUAAGAACAAUUUUGACAAUUUUGAAUUAAAUAAUGAAGAUAUUGUUAUUGAUUCAGAUGAUUAUUGGGUUGAACUAAUAAAAGAUGCUUUAAAACAUGCCAGAUCAGGUUUUGAUAGUUCAAGAAAAGCUCUUAAUGAUUACUUUGAUGAUGAUUUAUAA